ACUUGGAUCACAAAGAUCAUAACAAAACCCCACUUUGUAGUGAGGCUGGGGGGAGAAACAAUGGGGUCUCUAAUGGCCUCUGCCACUUUGACUCUUGUAUUGGCAAUAGUGUCUCUAAGCUUGCCGUCUCAAAUUUCAGCUCAUAACUACUUGUACUCAUCACCUCCACCACCCAAGAAGUACCCACCGGUGUCUCCUCCAUACCACUAUCCUUCACCACCUCCACCACCAAAGAAGCCAUAUUAUUACCACUCUCCACCACCACCUUCUCCUCCACCACCAAAGAAGCCAUACUACUAUCACUCUCCUCCUCCACCUUCACCUCCUCCUCCUAAGAAGCCAUAUUACUAUCAUUCUCCUCCCCCACCUUCACCUCCCCCACCAAAGAAACCAUAUUACUAUCAUUCUCCUCCUCCACCAAAGAAGCCAUAUUACUACCACUCUCCACCCCCACCUUCACCUCCCCCACCUUACAAGAAGCCAUACUACUAUCACUCUCCACCUCCACCUUCACCUCCUCCACCAAAGAAGCCAUACUAUUACCAUUCCCCACCCCCACCACCUAAGAAGCCAUAUUACUACCACUCUCCACCCCCACCUUCACCUCCCCCACCUUACAAGAAGCCAUACUACUACCACUCUCCCCCACCACCUUCACCACCACCACCAAAGAAGCCGUACUACUACCACUCACCACCCCCUCCUUCACCUCCUCCACCUAAGCCAUACUACUACCACUCACCACCACCCCCACCAAAGAAAAAACCAUACUACUACCACUCUCCACCACCACCUCCUCCAAAAAAGCCAUACUAUUACCACUCCCCACCACCUCCUCCUAAGAAGCCCUACAAGUACCCAUCUCCCCCACCUCCAGUGCACCCUUACCCUCACCCUCACCCACACCCACACCCUCACCCUCACCCUCACCCUCACCCUCCCUAUGUCUACCACUCUCCUCCACCACCUCCUAAGAAGCCAUACUACUACCAUUCUCCACCACCUCCAGUCCACCACCACCCUUACCCCCAUCUUCACCCCCACCCACACCCUCAUCCUCCACCACCUCCUAAGAAGCCAUACUACUAUCAUUCUCCACCACCUCCAGUCCACCCCCACCCUUACCCCCAUCCUCACCCCCACCCACACCCUUACCCCCAUCCUCACCCCCACCCACACCCUCAUCCUCCUUACGUUUACCACUCUCCUCCUCCACCCCCUAAGAAGCCCUACAAGUACCCUUCACCCCCACCACCAGUUCACCCUCCCUACAUUCCACACCCAGUUUACCACUCUCCUCCACCACCACCUUACAAGAAGCCUUACAUCUAUGCAUCACCUCCCCCUCCUUACCACUAUUAGCAUACCUCUUAUCGAUAUGAAGAAUAUGUGCAACGAAUAAAAGAAAGCGAUGGAAAGCGCUUCGCGAUGCACGAAAGAGAAGAAAUGGAAGCAAAGUUUCCGCGUUUUGUCUUUCAUAAAAAAAAUGUUAAAUUAUUAUUUUCUAUGAUAGGAUUGGUUUCUUGUCUUUUUUCUCUUGUUUAAGAAUUUCGGUGUAUUUUAACAGUUGUAAAGCACUCUGCGCUCUCUCUGCAUGAUCAUGUACAACUACAAGCAUGCUCUCUGUAGUUUUCAACCUGCUGCGCUUGCAGGGGUUGUAAAACUAAUCAAUAUAAUUAAAUAAAUUACAUUCUGUCUCUCUCAA